CUUGAGCGCAUGCGCACAAUGCGCGGCGGCGGGUGCAGACGCUAGGAGCGGACUUAAGAACUGCCGGCUGGCAUCGGUGAUUGUGAGCGCCCGCCCCAGGUCUCCUCGUCUUAGACCCUCAAGACUCAGCAAUGCGUUGUUUGUAGUCUGCGUCUGGGCCUGUGCUGCGCCGAGGACCCUUUCUUUUAUCAGUGCCCAAGGGGCUGGGAGUGGAGUGGCCUUGGCCGUGGUGCAGGCUGAGCCCAGAACCAGAUGAACAGAGACAUCUACGUCCACACCUGGCCAUGCUCCUACUAUUUAGAACUUGAGAAGCGAUGGGUUCCUGGAAAACUCUUGUUAACUUCAUGCUCAGUAAGAUUUAUGACUGAUAAAACUGGAGGCUUCCUUGUCGACUUUCCCCUUGCCAACAUAGUUGAGAUCAAGAAAGAGGCUUCUCAUUUUAUCUUUGGUGCUGUCACCAUCCUGGAAAAGGACCAUGUCAAGCACUGGUUCGGCUCCUUGCAGCCUAGUCGGAAUGUUGUUUUCCAUGUCAUUGAGCAUUUCUGGAGAGAGGUGCUGCUGUCUCAGCCAGGAGCUGCUGGGGGGGCAUCCUCCUCCCCUGUGACCAAGGGGAAGCAGUUGACUGGUCUCAUGGCCUGUUCCCAGAAGCGUCUGGAAGAUGCAGCCAGGGUCCUACACUUCCAAGGUGAGCAGCUGGACAGCAUAGCGAGCGGCCUGGACAGAAUGGCUUCUGAUCUGGACGUGGCUGACAGGCUGCUGACAGAACUGGAAUCUCCUUCUUGGUGGCCCUUUAGCUUCAAGUUUUGGAAGAUGCCAUCUGACACAGAGCCCAGGGAAGGCUCCUCAACGGCUGGUUCCAAAGCUCUUGGAAAGGAAGGGGUAGUGAUCAGAAUUCCUGUUGUUAUUUCCCAGAGAACAGAAUCUCAUGUUAAACCAGGAAGACUCACCAUCCUUGUUUCUGGAUUAGAAAUCCAUGACUCAGAUUCUUCACUUAUACACAGAUUUGAGAGAGAAGAUGUAGAUGACAUUAAGGUUCACACACAUUACGAAGUUAGCAUCCGCCAGAGGUUCAUCGGGAAGCCAGACGUAGCUUUUCGUUUGAUAUCUGCCAGGAUGCCAGAGGCGAUCCGCAUUUUGGAAAUGCAGUUCAGCAAGAAGAUCAAAUUUUUAGAAGAUGCCAUGAUGCUCAGAAGCCCUGGAACCUCUUCCCCAGCAGAGAAGGGCCACUCGGUCUGGCAGGCAGCAUCUGGGCUGAUGGACUGCGUCGGGCCACAAGAGUCCUCCUCUGGGAGCCAAGAAGGCGGGCCACUGCAGCUGCAGACAAGAGAGCCGCUCAUUUCUGAGGAAGACACCCAGGAACUGAGACAGAUCCUGGGGAGGCUGAAGGGUCUUGCCUUGGAGGCCAAGGCAGAGCUGGAGAGACAGGAUGAGGCCUUGGAUGGCAUCGCCACUGCUGUGGACCAGACGACCCUGACGGUUGACAAGCACACCCGACGAGUGAGAAAACUGACCUAGAAGGGCAAAAGUGCGGAAGUGAGAGCUUUUGAUGAGAAUCACUUCUCUCGGUAUGUCAUCCUCAGCCUCUGCAUGCUGCCUUCAGAUGCAGACCCCAGGAGGACCCAGGGCGGCUGUGCAGACCAGGGGAGGCCAUGCAGGUUCCCCUGCAGGGCACUAAGGUACAGCUUCAGGAAGGGAGUUCUGUCUGCGGACACAGCACACAGCGCGUUCCGCCCAGGCCCUUUCAACCUGCUGGGGAGUUGGAAGCACCCACACAUUCAAACUGACCUGAGCCCCAGUGGGUCCUGCACAGCCAGGCGGCUCUGCAGUCAGGGUGGGCUGCACCCAGCACUCAGGGACCACUUUGCAUGGCCACGCCCGAGGUCCCCAGCAUCUCCAGCAGCUGCACUGUCAUCCUAUCUCUGCUAUUGUUGGGCGUAAAAGGAAGGUUUAAGUCUUAGUGAAUGAAGUCUGCUCCCUCCUAACACUGCACGUCUAAGUGCUGCAGGUAUCCCCUACAUCCCAAGUCCCUCCUCCACCACCGUGCAGCCUGUGCCUGCCCCCUCUGUGAUGGCUCAGCAACCCCCUCACUUGUCCAUCUCUCUGGUAGACAGGCCAGUUUGUAACUGAAGCUAAGAGAGUAGCAUACCUUUCGAUCAUCACACCUAAAAUAUUAUUUUGUUGUCUAAUUUUCAGCCAAAUGUGAAAACAGUACAUACUGCACCUGUUUAAAAAAAAUGUUGAUUUUUGCUUUCACUGCCACAUUUCUAUCCAGAAACAAAAGAAAAGUGCUGCUAUGAGAAUGUUUUUUGAAGAUACUCAUUGAUGCUGCUUUUUGCUCAGUUUGGAGUCUGUGAGAGGCCCCUCGGAGAGAAGAGGGGAACAUGGAGACUUGGGCAUCUCCCAGGCCGCUUUGAAACAGCCUGGGGGUGGACACAGAGAGCCUCCUCGGACCUUAGGGAGUGUCUGCAGCUGCUGGGAGGCACCCACAGGCCCUGCAGUGCCCACUAGGUUCACACAGGAAUCCAGAAAAGACACAUGUGUACGCAUGUGUAUAUGUAGAAAAUGCACUCAAGUUGGGCUCACCCAGACACCCAGAGCACACGUACCUACACACAGACCCAGUCCCUCAGCUCGAAUCCCUGGGAGUGUAGUACUCUUCACAUGUUUCUACGGGGUAGGCCAGCAGGAGCCACAGGCUAGGUUCUCCACAUGUAGCCCUGGAGAGCCCUGAGGAGGGAGAGGAAAACAAAUCUGCCCACCCAGAGAGUGCUGCUCAGGAGUGCCCCAGCCUGCCCAGGCUGUGCGGCACCCACAUGUCCUGAAAAGGAGCACCACCCAGCACCCACAGCUUGCAUGGGACACACCCCUGGAAGCAGGGCUUCACCCUUUCUGGUCUGUGAGCUCUAGGCUUCACUCCUUCCCUGUCAGUCACCUGGGGAGCUGUAAACCCCAGCCCCUCAGGGCAUGAAGGCAUGUGUGGGACCCAGAUACUUUCCCCUUAGAGAAUUAUUCCUCUCCCUUUUCUCUCGUACCUGUAAUUAAAUCAGUAGAGACUGUGGUCUGUCUUUGGAAACUGAGAAUAAGUAACCCUCCAGAUUCAGAGGCUGUUUCACCUUAGCCUUCUGUCUGCUGCAUUCUGAGUCUGGAUGGGCUCAGGGUGCCCACACACUGUGCAGUGCUGGGUUUCUGUCACCCUAAUGAAGCCUCGCACAGUGUAUGACAACAGCCACAUACGCCCCACAGGUUAGGAGGUUGGGAAUCCAAGGUCAAUGUUACAGGGCUGGCCUUCCUCCCGAGGCUUCUGCCAAACUGAAUUGAUGAUUGGAGCCCAAAGCACAGAAAUGUACCUGUUUUCCUACACACCAAGAACUCACUCCUACAGCCCUUCUCUACAUCUGGGCACUUACCACACCCUCCCACUGCACACCCCAGUGCAUCACUCCACCCUGCCCAGCUCCCCCACCCCACGUGCACCGACUUCUAGGCCCCCCCUUUCACCUAGGGGCACAAAUUGCAGUUCCUUGACUGGCACACCCAAGGUGAUAUGACCUCACCUUGCGGUGCUCCCACUGCCAAGUCUCUGCCUUCCUGUCUCCCUGCCCCUCACCCAGCUCACUGCCUUCAUUUUGGGCCAUGGGGAAGGAUGUGAGAGGAGUGGACCUUACGAUGCUCCUGCUGGACUAGAGGAAGGGGUUUAGCAGGAAAGUUGGGAUCUCUUGCAUCCCAAUGGACAUGCCCUGGCGGCUCUCUGCGGGUGGGUCACACCUGCAGACCAGCAGCAGACCCUCUGGAGCCUGGUGGAGGCUACAGUGAGCUGUUGGCAGGAGCACACGGUGUCUUCGGUCCUGCUUCCCUCUGCUGCAUCGGAGCUCGUGCUCGACACUGAUGUUGGCGGCGCUCUCCACGCCCAUAUUCCCGCCCCAGAACCUAUCUGCCUUAUCCCGUCAGUAAUGGGGGUGGCUGGUGUCAGUUUGUUGUUGCCCUGCAUGUGUCUGCAGUUCUUAAGACAGUGCUCUGGGUUAUUCAUCAUGUGGAGGCGAACACAGUGCAAGUCCUGCCUCUAACGCAGUCGUGAGACCCAUACUGAGCCGAACCAAACCGAAACAGCUCCAGUGUUUCAUCAGAAAGGGCUGACUCUUGUUCGCUUAGGGCAGGGGUCAGCAGGCCUCCUCUGAGAGUACAGGUGGUAACCCCUUCAUCUUCUGAACUGUGUGGGGUCUGUCACAACACCUCGGAUCUGCCGCCUGCAGGAGGGCAGCCUGAACUCGGGAGCAGGGGGUGUGCUGCGCUCCAAUAAAACUGCCUGUGAAACUAGAAUUUCAUGUGUCACAAA